AUGCAUGAUCCUAAUGGGAUUAACUUUGAGAAAAUGAGGAAAAUGGGUGGAGUGGAGUUUGAAUGCACUGUUGAUCCUACUGAUGUUGAACAAUGGCCAGAUCGCAUGGAGAGGGUGUUUGAGCAGUUGGAGUGUUCAGAUUUUGCAAAAUUUAAGUAUGCUAUUUUACUAUUACAAAAGGAUGCUUAUGAUUGGUGGGUAAGUGUUUCAAAUGCCAAGGUAAAACCUCUUGUUCUUACUUGGGAUGAUUCUCCUAAGGAAUUUCGUAUGAAGUAUGUACCACCUGCUUAUUGUAAUGAAAAGAAAAAGAAGUUUUUGAAUCUAAGGCAACGAGGCAUGUCUAUUGCUGAAUAUGAACAAAAGUUUCUAAGAUUCUCUCGUUAUGCUGGAGGUACUAUUAAAAUGGAAAAUGAAAAGUGCCGGAAAUUCGAAGAUGGUUUAAAUGAUCCCAGUAGAAAGAAUGUGGCGAUACUGCAACAUGAGAACUUCUGUAAGUUAGUGUCUACUGCUUUUACUUGGGAACGACUUGAUAAUGAAGAAGCUAGUAGAAAUGAAAGUAGAUUCCAAAAGCCUAGACCAUAUUUUGGAGGUCCAUCAAUAAGGGGAAGGCCUAGAAAUAUCCAAACAGCAGGUGCAAGUGGAGCUAAUCAAGCUAGUGGACAAAGGGGUACUGCACGCGCUUAUGCUAUAAGACAGAGGGAUGAUCAAGAUGGACAAGACGUGGGUGUCGGUAAAUUUCACUUAUUUGGCUUGUGUGUAUUUACAUUGUUUGAUCCUGGUUCUACACAUUCCUAUAUUUGUUCAUCACUUGUUCUUCUUGAAAAUGUGAAAUCCAUGAGACUAACUUAUUAUUUGCUGGUGGAAAGUCCAGUGGGUUAUCAGGAUGGACUGGCUUACAAAUAUCAUGUAGUCGUAGAUUGUAGGUCAAAUCAUGUGACUUUUAAAGAUCCUACAUGUUCACAUAUCAGCAUACAAGGUGAAAGAUCAUUGACAUCUAGUAUUAUUUUUACGGCCUUGGCAAGAAAAUUGAUGCGUCAAGGCUGUAAGGCAUACCUUGCUCACAUAGUUGAUACACACUUGAAGAGUCCUUGUAUCAAGGACAUAGCUGCUGUAUGUGAUUUUCAAGAAGUAUUUCCUAAAUUUCUUCAUGAAUUACCCUCGGAAAGAGAUGUUGAAUUUCCAAUCGAGCUUACUCCUGGAUCUACCCCUAUUUCCAUCACUCCUUAUAGAAUGGCUCGUGAAGAAUUAAAAGAAUUGAAAUCUCAAUUGCAAGAACUCCUUGAGAAAGGUUUUAUUUGA